CGGGAAUCAUUUAACUUCCGCAAUAAGCAAAAAUAAGUAUAAAUAUUUCGUCGAGCGAUGUGAAUGUCUUUUAUGUUCAACUUAUGUUUAAAAUUUAACGUAUUUUUAACGUUUCAAUGGAUAACACAACGUUUCCAGAUGUAGUUGAACUAAACGUAGGUGGAAAAUUGAUGACGACGUUGCUCGCCACUUUAACAAAAGACCCGGAAAGCAUGUUGGCCGCCAUGUUUAGUGGACGUCACGUGAUUAGUAAGGACAAAGAUGGCCGAUUCUUUAUUGACUGUGAUGGAAAUCUGUUUGAAUACAUUUUGAAUUUUCUAAGAUUUGGGACUCUGCCACCAAAGGAGAAAGCUCUGGAAAUUUAUGAUGUUGCUGUCUACUUUAAUUUGCAACCACUUGUUUGUUCACUAAAAAUCAGCCGUGAAGUACAAUAUCGGAGAGGAAUUCAAGAAAUGAAAAAUAGCCUUGACUUGCAGGAGUAUGAAAAAUUGAAAAAUGAUGCACUUGGACAACAAUACAAAUAUUUUCCUAGGCGUUAACAUAAUAUCAUUGUAUUGUUUAUGUCACAAAAAAGAAAAUGUUGUACAUCAGACUGUUUUGGUUUCAAUGAAGUAACGUCUGGAGAUCUGAUAUUUAAACAUGUCAUUUUUCUGAAGAUCAAUGUCGCGAAAGAUGACGAAAUAAGGAAAGAGAUAAAACUUUGCAUAGCUCACGAUAUGACUGAGUUGGGAUUUGGAAAAUAUGUCUACAUUGACAGGAGAGUAGGUUAUAGCUGUCAACGUUGCCGAAAUUCGGGUAUCACUAGCCACACCGCUUUGCUUUUUGCAUAUAAAGUCUAUGAAACUUCGGAAUUCAUGAGGCAAUCAACAGUGCUUAAGCAUGUUUAAGUAUAUUUACUGAUGUUCAUGUUUGGUAUAAAUCACAUACGACUAAAAAAUCAUAUAUAAAGCACUAAACAUCUGUCAAAUUAAUGAUAUUUUGAUUAACCCAUUUCAGUCAAAUCAACAUAUUGAUAUGGUAUAAAAUGUAACUUAACACGACUAUGUCUAGAUUAUAAUUAGUAUUGCUCAUCAAUUCCUAGCACUGGGGACCAGUGAAAUGGUUAGUGGCAAAAAGGAUAACCAAAUCAAAUAAGAUAAUAGAAAAUUAAA